AUGCGCUCCAUUAGGAAGAGGUGGACGAUCUGCACGAUAAGUCUGCUCCUGAUCUUUUAUAAGACAAAAGAAAUAGCAAGAACUGAGGAGCACCAGGAGACGCAACUCAUCGGAGAUGGUGAACUGUGUUUGAGUCGAUCCCUUGUCAAUAGUUCUGAUAAAAUCAUUCGAAAGGCUGGCUCUUCAAUCUUCCAGCACUCUGUAGAAGGUUGGAAAAUCAAUUCCUCUUUGGUCCUGGAAAUAAGGAAGAACAUUCUUCGUUUCCUAGAUGCAGAAAGAGAUGUCUCAGUGGUCAAGAGCAGUUUUAAGCCUGGUGAUGUCAUACACUAUGUGCUAGACAGGCGUCGGACACUAAAUAUUUCUCAGGAUCUCCACAGCCUCCUACCUGAAGUUUCACCAAUGAAAAAUCGCAGAUUUAAGACCUGUGCAGUUGUUGGAAAUUCUGGCAUUCUGCUAGAUAGUGAAUGUGGAAAGGAGAUUGACAGUCACAAUUUUGUAAUAAGGUGA